AUGUCUUCAUACUUAUUUGCUUUUAUCGCAUUCCUUGCUGUGACCAGUUCAAUCAAUGCCCACGCUGCCGUGGAAAAGCUCACAGCUACUGCAACUCUACAUUCACAUGACUGCAAAUCCAAGAACUCGAACACCGUCGAAGGCAAAAUCGUUCUUAAAAACACUGAUCACAACUUACUUGGGGAUCACAAAGAUACCCUUUCCAAGGCCCUGACCGACCAUGUUCGAUCUGGAUGUGCCGCUAACGCUAAAUCAGAAGCCAACGUGCACACAGUCACGAAAUUAGGCAACGGCGACUUGGAAGUAGCCUACACAUGCACUGGUGUUAAGGAUCACGAUACGUGCCACAAAUCAUUGCACACAGCCUGUGGAAGCGAUCAUGUGAAACAGACAAUUGGCAAAUGCUCGCAUUCCAAUGCUCAAACUGCCAAAGCAGCACCAGCCAAGCAGGAGUCACAUGCACCUACAGCAGGUAAGUCAAAGUGCGAAGAAGUGCUCAUCUUGCCCACCGCCACUGCCUCGCCAGCUCUCCAUUCACAUGACUGCAAAUCGAAGGAUUCGCACACCGUCGAAGGCAAAAUCGUUCUCAAGAACACUGAUCACAACUUACUUGGGGAUCACAAAGAUACUCUUUCCAAGGCCCUGACCGACCAUGUUCGAUCUGGAUGUGCCGCUAACGCUAAAUCAGAAGCCAACGUGCACACAGUCACGAAAUUAGGCAACGGCGACUUGGAAGUAGCCUACACAUGCACUGGUGUUAAGGAUCACGAUACGUGCCACAAAUCAUUGCACACAGCCUGUGGAAGCGAUCAUGUGAAACAGACAAUUGGCAAAUGCUCGCAUUCCAAUGCNAUAAACCAGAACACCAUGAAGGCACCCACAAACCAGAACACCAUGGACCAUGAAGCCACGCACAAACCAGAACACCACGGCAAGGACCACGGAGCCAGUCACAAGCCAGAUCAUCACGGCAAAGAUCAUGGAGCCACUCACAAACCAGAACAUGGUGUCUCACAUAAACCAGGACAUCAUGGCAAGGCUGGCGACAAUGAUCAUACUCCAUCGCAUCCUCGACAUCCGUUACGAGAUCAAUGUGGGGUUCCAGGUAAAUCUCAUGGACAUGAUGAUUCGUCUUCAUCUGAAGAAAAUCGAUUGAGACAUGGUCAUCCACGACAUUCACAUCCAAUCGACGACUCGUCCUCGGAUGAAAAGGACAAUAAAAAACCUCAGGGUGGAUGUGGCCGAUGUGCAAUGAGUCAUAUAGUUUCAUCGGUUGUUCUCAACGGUCUUACAGUUGAGAAGGUUUCGCGAAAGUCCGGUGGAAAUUUUGUCGAACAAUUCAAAAAUGCCUUACACAAGGAUAUUCAAAGACAUCAUCCGAAAGGUGUUAAAUCAAUCAAAGUUACAGCUUUAAAUACUUUCAACGACGAUAAGUUGAUGGUCGAUUUUGUUACUUUUGUCGAUCCAGCACGUUACCAUCAAAUAAGUCACGCUAUUCGUCAAGCUCUUACCUCCAAAGCUGUUGAAAAGGCACUCAGACAUCAUUACAAUUAA